AUUCAAAUUGUCCAACUUCGGAGAGGUGUCCGAUUAGUCCAGACCACCUUACUUGAACGAGUCAUGGCCCAUUCUUCUACUCUUUCGUCGCCAACGGUGGUGGCCCUUUUUGCCGCCGCCUUGUUGUUUCUCCUCCAUCCAUUGAAUGCUGAACUAACCGCUGAUUUUUAUGCAAAGACAUGCCCGGACGUGUCCAGCAUCGUCCAGACCGUGAUUCAUGAGGCCCUUCAAUAUGACCCACGCAUCACCGCCAGCCUCCUCCGUCUCCAUUUUCACGAUUGCUUCGUCCAAGGGUGUGAUGGAUCGGUAUUGCUGGACAAUAGCCCAACCAUAAAGAGCGAGAAAGAUGCUGCUCCGAAUUUUAAUUCCGCAAGAGGGUUCGGUGUGGUGGACAAGAUCAAAGCGGCUAUUGAGAGCACUUGUCCUGAGACUGUGUCUUGCGCUGACAUCCUCGCCCUGGCUGCUAACGCUUCCGUUUAUUUGUCAGGAGGUCCAUAUUGGACGGUGCUCUUGGGGAGGAGGGACAGCUUGACGGCGAACCAAGGGCUAGCGAACGUAUCGAUCCCCUCCCCUUUUGAUAGCUAUGCCAACCUCACUUCCAAGUUCUAUGUUUUGGGCUUGGACAUCACCGACCUUGUCACACUUUCCGGAGCUCACACCUUCGGACGUGCACAUUGCAAGUCAUUCACCCCUAGGCUGUACAACUUCACCAAAAAUGGCGGCCCCGAUCCCACCCUAAGCCCGUGGUACUUGACGGCUCUCCAGAAACUUUGCCCUCCAAACUUCAAUCCUAAAGUCAUCACCGACCUCGAUCCGACGACCCCGAACUUGUUUGACAACCACUACUACUCCAACCUCCAGAAAAAUGACGGGCUUUUUGAGACUGAUCAAGAGCUGUACUCGACAGCCGAUGCUGCGACAGUACCCAUCGUCAACAGCUUCAGUGCCGACCAGAGUGCCUUCUUCAAGAGCUUCACUCGGUCGAUAGUAAACAUGGGAAACAUAAGUCCUCUCACCGGAAGUAACGGGGAGAUCAGGUGCAAUUGCAGGAAGGUCAAUAAGAGUUGAAUGUGUUUUCUGGGGGGUUUUGGCCGAGUGCGUGUACGUGAAUAAAUAGCAGCGUGUGUAAUAAAAUUCAGACAUUCUUGGAAAUGUCAAUUCUAUUGGGCAGAGAGCCGGAGGUCUGUAUUUUUACGUCGAGUGUGUUCUGUUAAGUGUUGAUCUGACUGAAGUAUUAUGCAAGAUUGUGCAUCUCUGUUAAGAGAUCACAUAAAAUAAAUGAGAACUUUCUUAUAUUGA